AUGCCCUACACCGUCAAAGUCCGCGUCUACCAGACCAACCAAAACGCCUACUUCCGCGUCGUCGAGACGGUCUGCUGGCACUACACCAACUGCGAGUGGAAUGAGUCAAACGGCGUGCUGUCCCUCUACAUGGGCGACAGCGGCAACGGAGGCCUGCUACGCUUCAAGAACGAGGAAGGCAAGGAAGCCUUCUCCGUUGCCAUCGGUGUGCACGUGUACAAGCCCUGGCUUGACAUCAUCACUGGCCUUGCAGAUAACAUCACCGGUGCUCAGUCUCUGCCUGAGUACUAUGGCGAGACUACUGAUAAGACUAAGAGGCGCGAGGCUACAAAGACUGAGCAGUCGGUUUUGAAUAUUGAUCAUAGAAACAUUACUGCAAAGUAUCGUGUUAAAGAGGGGGAGAACCUUGAGCUAGAUAUUAUCAUUGGUUAG